AUGGCUCGCAGGAGACGAGGCCGUGGCGGCAAUGGACAGCACCAUCAACAGGCUGCCGCGCACAAUCAAAGAGGAGGCCCUCGCAGGACUCCACGGGAGCCAGCAGAUUUUGCCAAGUCUACAGGUUUUGAAUCUGAUAUCCCACAUGACAAGCUCACCAUUGCUCAAGCACGGAGGGGGACACCAGCUAACCGCCCCGUGAGAGUCUACGCUGAUGGAAUUUUUGAUCUUUUCCAUUCGGGACAUGCUCGAGCUCUGAUGCAGGCAAAGAAUGUGUUCCCAAACACUCAUCUUAUAGUAGGAGUGUGCAGCGAUGAACUCACUCACAAGUUUAAGGGCUAUACGGUGAUGACAGAGGACGAACGCUACGAAGCCCUCAGGCACUGCCGUUACGUUGAUGAGGUAGUGCGGGAUGCACCCUGGAGUCUUACACCAGAAUUCCUCAAGAAACAUAAGAUUGACUUUGUGGCCCAUGAUGAUAUACCUUACACCUCCGCUGGAUCAGAGGACGUCUACAAACACAUCAAGGAAGCAGGAAUGUUUGUGGCCACUCAGAGGACGGAGGGCAUCUCCACAUCUGAUCUGAUCACUCGUAUCGUUCGUAAUUACGACAUGUAUGUCAGACGCAACCUGCAAAGAGGCUACACAGCCCGUGAGCUAAAUGUUGGCUUCAUUAAUGAGAAAAAGUACCGGCUCCAGAACCAGGUGGACAAGAUGAAAGAGACAGUCCGUACGGUGGAGGAAAAGUCGAAACAUUUUGUCUACAGGGUGGAAGAGAAGAGCCAGGACCUCAUCCACAAAUGGGAAGAGAAGAGCCAGGACCUCAUCCACAAAUGGGAAGAGAAGUCACGGGAAUUCAUUGGCAACUUUCUGGAGCUUUUCGGACCAGAUGGAGCAUGGCAUGCAAUUCAGGAGAGAAGUGGCCGUAUGCUCCAGGCCCUAUCACCCUACUCUUCGCCCCAUGGCUCACCAAGCAGCAGUCCCACCAGAAGACGCUCAGUUUCUUCUGACUCCACCCCCUCUUCUGCAACUGCCUCCCCACCUUCCUCUCCAUCUUCCCACUCUUCAACUAAAAAGGGGAGACGUUCACGCUCGUCACCGAAAGUUGCCUCUAUAAACAGCAAGCAUGCACAAUGA